CACAUCCCCUGGGGCUCUGGGUGAAACAUGGUGCUGUCGGAGCUAUCCGCGCGUCUUAACUGCACGGAGUACAAGAACUGGGUGAAGGCAGGACACUGCCUGCUGCUGCUGCGCAGCUGCCUGCAGGGCUUCGUCGGUCGCGAGAUGCUCUCCUUUCAUCGCGACCUACUCGCCACAGCCUCCGGCCUGGGACGUUCCACUUGCAGCGGCGGCUCACGGUGCCACCCCCGCGCUCGCCAGUUUCAGCCUCAGUGUCAGGUGUGUGCCGAGUGGAAACAGGAGAUUCUGAGACAUCAUGUUCACAGAAAUGGAGACGUGUACUGGGGAAACUGCCGUCCGGGCCUAUGGCCCCUCGACGCUUGGGAAGUAGCCAAGGCCUUCAUGCCCCGAGGACUGGCAGACAAACGAGGACCUGAGGAGUGUGAUGCUGUUGCUCUUUUGAGUCUCAUCAAUUCCUGCGAUCACUUUGUGGUUGAUCGGAAGAAAGUCACAGAGGUGAUUAAAUGUCGUAAUGAGAUCAUGCACUCUUCAGAGAUGAAAGUGUCAUCUAUGUGGCUUACAGAUUUUCAGCUGAAGAUUCAAAAUUUUCUGAGUGAAUUUAAGACUAUCCCGGAGAUUGUGGCAGUAUACUCCAGAAUAGAACAGCUGUUGACCUCAGAUUGGGCUGUUUACGUUCCUGAGGAAGACCAGCGAGACGGGUGUGAAUGUGAACUAGGAAGUUACCUGAGUGUGAGCCAAAUCAAUGAAAUCGAAAUGGAAUUACUAAAGGAAAAACUGCAAGAGAUGCGUCUUCAAGCAGAAGAACAAGAGGUAUGGCCCACAGAGAUCUCAACUCAACUGGAAAUGGUAAAGGAAUUUCUGAGAAACAAUGAAGAUCUUAGAAAGGGUCUUACAGACGAUAUAGAGAAGCUAGACAGCCUCUAUCUACAGCAUCAAAAACCAGAUUCAAAGGAAGCUGAGAGCCAGACACCUGAAAGGAAGGCGUGAGUCUUCUACUCCUCAGUUUGUCCUGUUUGUUCCUGAACUUUGCAGACACUCUUUGUGGUGGUAUGUGGAGCCAGCCUUACUUCCACCUUCUCCGCCAUCUCCUUCCCAAGGCCAGUGGCACUAAAUGGACUCAGCUUGCCUUUGGACAUUCUGUGCCCAGAACUCUGCCUGGAGGAAAUGCCCCAUGCCAAGCCUGAGCAAAAAUGGAUGUGCUCUUUCACCUGUUCAACUGCCUAUCAAGGAUGUACUCUGGACAGUCUGGAAAGAGGGAUGGGGUGUAUCUGGCAUCUAUUUUUUACAUUAAAAUGUAUUUUUAAAAUUCUAUGAAACUAGGACGGAUGCAAAUGGGUCUACAGCUUUGUGGUUUAGUCUUCCAUUUGGUUGUGUUCCUUUAGUCUGCUUGUGACUAUUUUUUUUGCCAGUCCUGGGACUCGAACUCAAGGCCUGUGCACUGUCCGUGAGCUUCUUUU